AUGGAUAGAAGGUUAGCUUGGGUCACACAAUCCAUCGAUGCCUUGUAUUCUUUAAUAGAUAAAGAUCCUUCUAUACUACAAAAGAUUGAAGCAUCACCGUAUGUGCAUACGCCUCUUCAUGAAGCAUCAAUGUUUGGGAAAAUAGACAUGGCCAUGGAGUUGAUGGUGUUGAUGCCAUCGUUUACGUAUAAACUAAAUACACGGGGAUAUAGUCCAUUGCACCUUGCCGUGGAGAACAAUCAAGUCGAGAUAGCACUAGAGCUAGUCAAGUUUGAUCCCAAUCUUGUUCGUCUUCGUGGCAGAGGAGGUGUGACACCACUACAUCUUGUAGUGGAGAAAGGUGGUGUCGAUCUCCUCACGGAGUUUAUCAUGGCUUGUCCCAAGAGCAUUUUGGAUGUAAACGUAAGCGGUGAGACGGCUCUCCACAUGGCGGUCUUGAACGGCAGAUAUGAAGAGCUCAAAGUGCUUACGGGAUGGAUCGAAAGAAUGCGUCAAAGGGAAGCUGCGUCUAUGGAGAAAGACAUCUUAAACAGAAAAGAUCGUGAGGGCAACACGGCGUUGCACGUCGCGGCAUAUCAGAAUAAACAUCAGGCACUAAAACCGUUGUUGAAAUGCUUCUCGCUUGACCGGAACAUCCAGAACAAAGAUGGUUUAACAUCCGUAGACAUACUUCGGGCCAACGGUCGGUACAUGGACAAAGACACUGAAAAACUGAUAAGAAGUUGGGGUGGAAAGAGCAAAGCUGCUCUACCCAAAGUCAAGACAUCGUCUGAAUAUUUGAGAUCACGGGUUACGUUCAGGGAAUUUUGCUCCAUCCAAAUGACACGUUACAAGAGCGGCAUAUCAGACGGAACCAGAAACGCGCUUCAGGUGAUAAACAUACUCAUCACCACGGCUACGUACGUAUACAACAGCACUACAGCCACCAAGAUGCCUAAACGACGACUAUUCAAGUAA